GCCCUGAUGGAGAAGGAUGAGCGGAUCAAAGAUCUGCAAGCCCAGAACGAGAAGGCUGAGCAGGAGAGGGAGGCUGAGAGGGAGAGGGAGGUGGAAAGACUGCAGGAGAUGGAGGACUGGAUUUGUGGAUAUGAGCACGCUGAGCAGGAGUGGGAGGCUGAGAGGGAAAGGGCGGCAGAAGAACUGCAGAGGAUGGAGAACCGGGCUCGCUGCUCUGAAGAGGAAGUGCUUCGGCUGAGAAAGAAACUGACUGAAGAGAAGAAAUAUUAUUACAAGGGUGGGCACUCCAGAGGUGGUUUUCAGCAGCAGAACACCAGGAGUAACAGGUCUUUUAGAAUAAUGCCAAUGCUGGGUACUGUACUAGUAUUGGCAUUUUUUGCAGCCAGAAUUGUGCUUUGAGAAAUGGGAUCUUCUGUAACUGCUGGUGAAUUGAGCAAAUUUCUGAUCAUCUACUCGAGGAAUUGCUGUUCAUCUGUUCAUGGAAUCGCACUCCUUCCUUUGCUCAGGGACUGUGCAACAAUAGCUUUGAAAAGAGUGACCUUCGUGUUUCUGUACACUUUGCAUUUCUUUAGAGUUGUGCUUUGCUUCUGAAAAUGCUAGGUUAAAAAGAAAAUAAAAAAGAUGUCAAGCAUGAACUGGUGUCUAAAGCAGUCAAGUGUUGUGCCACCACUGACUUUGCUAAUGCCUUCUUUUCCAUUCCUUUGAGCACAGAAUGUAGGUCACAGUUUGCUUUCACCUGGAGGUGCAUUCGGUAUUCAGUGAAGUCA